GAACAGCUGACGGUGCGUAUGAAGCAAACUUAACUUAGCCCAACCUGAAACUGACGACUGAACCGCGGGCUGGGCAAGAUUUCUAGUAACGAUGAACAGAUUCGAAUACGCCGAAGCUCGGCUUCAGGCCAACGAGGAGUUCCUCAAACGUGAAAAGGCUGUGAAGCUUUACGAUGGAGACACGAAGACGUCAUUUGAGGGCGGUGAACUGGUCCUGACAAAUUACAGAAUCCUGUGGGGUCGGCCGGGCGAAAUUCCGAGGGGUCUUACCUGCCUGUCCCUUUCUCUACGAUAUAUCGUAUACUUCGAGGAGGAAACCCCCGGUCCGUUCUCUUUUGGUCGGAGUAAAAAAAUCGUUUUACAUCUGGCCGAAGCUGCUGUUGACAAGAUGCCUGGUCCUAUUAAUUACAGCGCUAACAAUCAUGUCAAGCUAUCUUUCAAAGAGGGAGUAGAUCCCAAUUUUAUCAGCUACAUCGCUGAUGCGGUUACAAAGCGGGCUUGGGAACUUGUUACCUCUGUUCCCAUUCCUCAAUCGCCUACCUCCAGCACUGAGUCAAGCAGUCCGCGACAAUUGCCGAUGAUCAAAACAAGGACUGGAAUUGUUGGGAUAGAACGAAGCCUUCAGGAGCGACAGAAAGCCACCGAUGAAAGCAUAUCAAUGGCCUUUCAGGACCUUCAAAAACUUAUGGGGAUGGCCAAGGAUAUGGUCUCCAUUUCAAAGACCAUAUCCAACAAAAUACGGGAAAAACAAGGUGAUAUAACCGAGGAUGAAACGGUUAGAUUCAAGUCUUACCUUAUGAGCUUAGGUAUAGACGACCCUGUCACGAGAGACGCGUACAAGAGCAGUAACGAGUAUUUCAGACAGUUAGCUAGAGAGUUGGCACAAAUAUUAGAGGAGCCACUGAAGGAAGUUGGUGGCAUGAUGGCACUGACCGACGUUUAUUGUAGAGUGAAUAGAGCAAGAGGUCUGGAACUUUUGUCUCCGGAGGAUGUGCUGAAUGCAAGCAGACAAUUGGUUCCACUUCGAUUGCCAGUUAUUCUCAGAACUUUUGAGAGCGGAGUGAUGGUUCUGCAGCUGGAAUCUCAUAACGAGACUGUCAUUGUUGAAUCUGUGGAAGCAUUGCUGGAAGAGAAGGGAUCGAUAACUGUCGAGGAGCUCGCUCAGUCUGCAGGAAUAUCAAUUCUGCUAGCACGCGAGAGACUGAUCGCCACAGAGAGACACGGAAAAGCGUGCAGAGACGAUUCUAUAGAGUCUUUGAGGUUUUACCCAAAUCUUUUUCUCACUCAGUGUUGAGUGGUCAGGAGCCUCGCGAUAUUUUAAAAACUUACAAGCCGUUACAGUUUUCGAGCUAAAUGAAAACUUAAGUUCAGUAAUAAGUGUGAAUAACAACAAUAAUGAUAAUAAUGCGAGACAGUUUGAAGCUAGUUAAACUACAGAAGAACCUUAUUCUAGAUGUCAAGUAUCAAAUAAUUUAGUCGCAAGCACUUCGAAGCAGAAGGAAAGGCUGUUUGUACAUUUCUGUGCCUUUACGUAUAUUAAUUUAUAUACAGUUUGCUUGCUAAUAGUUU